AUCCCACUCGAACGGUGGGGACAUUUUCACAAUACUAACGCACUCUUUUUUUUAGUUUCACUAUUUCAACAACCUCUCUCCGCCGCGCCAAUCUCUCUAUCUCUCUCCAUUUCAUGCGCGAUGGCGGCGGCUUCCGCCGAGCGAUCCGCCAUCGCGCCACCUCUCCCGGCGCGCCUCCGGCGUAAAUCCUCGCUGUCCGAUUACUCGCCUAUAACCACCGUCAAGAUCCCUAAACCUUCCUCCAAACGGCGCCAUGGCCUCCUGGCUCUGGUCUCCGCACGCGGCGGGGAUGGCGACGGAAAAGGUGAUGGCAACCACCUCGUCGGACGAGCUCUCGAGUUGCAGAACGACAGCGUAUCGAAGGACUUGCAUGCUCUUCCGAGGCCUUUAACUUCGAGCCAUCUCCCUCAUUCGCUUGCCGAUGGGUCUCGCCUUCGCGUCGCUUACCAGGGAGUUCGAGGAGCAUAUAGUGAGUCGGCUGCGGAUAAGGCGUACCCAAAUUGUGAAGCCGUGCCUUGCGAUCAAUUCGAUUCCGCUUUUGAAGCUGUUGAGAGGUGGCUUGUGGACAGAGCAGUUUUACCGAUUGAAAAUUCAUUAGGGGGAAGCAUCCACCGAAAUUAUGACCUUUUGCUUCGUCACAACUUGCACAUCGUAGGGGAAGUGAAAUUUGCGGUUCGACAUUGCUUACUAGCCAAUCAUGGUGUUCAACUUCAGGACCUGAAAAGGGUCCUAAGCCAUCCACAGGCUCUUGCUCAGUGUGAGCAUACAUUAACAAAAUGGGGUUUGGUAAGAGAGGCCGUGGAUGAUACCGCUGGUGCAGCAAAGCAUGUCGCUUUAAACGAGCUAAAAGACACAGGAGCAGUUGCCAGCUCAGUUGCUGGAAAGAUAUAUGGUUUGAAUAUACUUGCCCAAGAUAUUCAGGAUGAUAGUGAUAAUGUUACUCGAUUUCUUAUGCUGGCAAGAGAACCCAUAAUUCCAGGCACGGAUAGGCUAUUCAAGACCAGUAUAGUUUUCUCACUAGAGGAAGGCCCUGGAAUCCUUUUCAAGGCGCUUGCUGUUUUUGCUCUGCGACAAAUCAAUCUUACGAAGAUUGAGAGUCGUCCCUUGCGCAAGCAACCCUUGCGAUUACGUGAUGAUAACAACAAUGGUCCAAAAUACUUUGACUAUCUUUUCUACGUGGAUUUUGAAGCAUCAAUGGCUGACCAGAAUGCACAGAAUGCGCUUAAGCAUCUAAAUGAGUUUGCUACAUUCAUUCGGGUGCUAGGAAGUUAUCCGGUGGACACAAGCAUGCCAUGAAUGGGCCCCAGUUUGUGGGCUUUAUGGAGCAGUAUCUGGAAUGGGAGAUGCACAACUUUUGGUCCUUGUUGAUUCUUAAAGCUCAAGAUGAGAGAGAGAACCGUAGACUAUUAGUAAUAGUCUACGGUUGUAAAAAUUUAGGGUGCGUUUGGAAUUGAUUUUAAA